GUGUGUAUGAAGUUAAACCUUUGAAGGACGAUGAGGCACUAGACCUUUUUAUUUGUCAUGCCUUUCCAAACAACAAGAAAGUUGAAAUAAGAAAUGAUCUCAUAGAUAGAGCAGUGCAUUACGCUAGUGGCCUUCCAUUAGCCCUUGAAGUGUUGGGCUCAUUCUUAUGUGGAAGAAACGAACCAGCAUGGAAAAGUGAGCUGGAUAAACUCUCCAAUAAGCCUAAUGAAAAUAUCGAUCGAAUUCUAAAGAUAAGCUUCUAUGGAUUAGAGAAGAAUGAGAGGGAUAUUUUCCUCGACAUUGCUUGUUUCUUCAAGGGAAAAAGUAUAGAAUACAUCACAGAAGUUCUCGAUGGCUGUGACUUUGCGACAACUAUAGGAAUAGAAAUUCUCAUGGAGAGAUCCUUGAUAAGAAAUGAGCAUGGGACCCUCCAAAUGCAUGAUUUGGUUGAAUUGAUGGGUAAGAAUAUCGUUAUGCAAGAUAACCUUGGGCAACGCAGUAGAUUAUGGCUUUUUGAAGAUGUUCUGGACAUUCUGUGUGAAGAAAAGGGAACGGAAGCAAUAGAGGCCAUAGUAGUGGACUUGCUCACACCAAAAGAGAAAAAUUUGAGUCUUGAAGAGAUAACCAUAGAGGCUGAUGCUUUCAAAAAAAUAAGAGACUUGAGAAUGCUCAUUUUUCCUGAAGCACAUAUCUCUUCGGAAGGUCCUAUUCGUCUCCCUAGUAAUCUGAGAUGGCUUAAAUGGCCCAAUGCCCCAUUGCUAAAAUUUGGCUCCGGUCCAAAGAAACUUAUUGGACUUGAUCUCCAGAAAAGUCAUAUCAGACAAUUAGAUGACAAAUUUAAGCAUUUUAGAGUGUUGAAGCACAUCAAUUUCAGUCAAUGCAAGUCCCUGGUUAGUGUUCCUGACCUUUCAUUGCUCCCAAAUCUAGAGAGAUUGAAUCUUGAUGGGUGCAGAAGCUUAGUGGAGGUUCACCAAUCUGUCGCAUGUCACGACAAGUUAAAAUUUUUGUCACUAAAGUUUUGCUCUAACCUCAGUAUCUUUCCUCACACACUCAAGACAAAAUCUCUUCAAGCCCUUGAUCUCUUUGGUUGCUCUAAGCUCAAGAAGUUCUCGAUAUACUGGAAAAGAUGGAACAUCUAGAAGAGCUUGAUUUAGGAUGGACGGCUAUUAAAGAUCUGCCUACAUCAGUUGAAAAUCUUCUCUCCGUGAAGUUAAUAAAUUUAGCAUUUUGCAAAAGACUCACAACACUCCCAUCAAGUGUUUAUAAGUUGCAAAAUCUAGAGCAUCUGAUACUUAGAGGCUGCUCCAAUUUUGUCGUGUUUCCAAAGAACUCGGAGGAUCCAACUGAUCCUAAUGGCAAUCCGAGAUUCCGAAAUUUAUA